AUGGCGUUCAAACCACUUUUGCCGCCCGACAUCAUCUCUCGCGAUGGCCAAAAUAAUACCGCAACAGCGCAUCCUCGCAAGAUCCCAUCUAUGGGCCCUAUAAUCAGUGAUCUCAUGACAACUUCGAGCUGGCUUUUGCUGGGUGGGUUGCUCCAGAGUCUUGCCUGCACGGCCUUUGGCCCAAAAGCGAUUCUACUAUCGGCGUUUAUUUUGCUAUAUCGCGUCGUAGACAAUAUGCUGAUGACAUUCCACAUCACCCGAAAUCGCUACUUGGACGGUGCGAUCAUGGAGAAAGUCAGUCCGCAAAUCCCCAAUCCGGACGGAAGCUUCGGGAAUGAGCCAUCGAACGACUCGAUGGUUGUUUUCUUGCUUGGUUCAAGGAGCAACCACCCACUCGGUGUUCUUGCGCCCGGUAUGAUUGGCAUGGGUCUUCGGGUGAAGGAUAUGAUAACAGAUAUGUACGCAGAUCCAGAAAAAUCAGGAAUUCUGGGAACAUCUCGUUGGGUGAAGCAAGAAGAUGCGGCAGGCAACGAGAGCAUGAAUGUUUUCUACCUACGGGACUAUGAAUGCCUUCGAAAACUUGCGAAUGGCGAGAUGCACAUGGAGUCCGUUCGAUAUUGGGCUAAGCUGGUCAAGGAGAACCCGCAUUUGACUAUCUACCAUGAGACCUAUGUUGUUCCGAAGGGCCAUUGGGAAGCAAUCUAUGUUCACAGCAAACCAACUGGAUUUGGGAAUACAUGGUUUCCAACAAGAGCGAAAGAUAGCACAGGACCUGUCUCGGAGUAUACGCGGCCACUUGUGGAUGCAAGCACCGGCUUGCGCUCGGCUACAGGGCGAUUACCUUUUGCGCGGGGACAAAAAUCAGAGAAUUUUCCUCGGUAA